UAUGGUGAUGAUGAUAAAGUGUUGUUUGAUUCAGCUACCCUGACGGCUCUGUUGAAGGCCGCGAGCAAUGUUAAUGCCAGAUCCACCUCUCAAAACCCUGCCGGUUUGGGAUCAUCAGUUCCGGCAUUAGGUCUGUCUGCACCUCGCAGAAUUAGUAGUGCGGGUAAUUUUGCUUCUUCAGCCACGAGAGAAUCAGAAACAGAGAACAUGGAUGAUGAAGAGAAGAAGCUUCAUGACAAGAUAAACAUGAUCAGGAUGAAUUUUUUGCGCCUUGUCUACAGAUUAGGACAGUCACUCGACGAGUCGGCUGUUGCUCAGGUUCUUUACAGGUUAGCUCUUGCUGAAGGAACGAAAAGACUCUUCAGCCUAGACACCGCUUUCCAAACUGCAAAAAAGCUAGAAGAAGAUGGCAAAGAGGAGAUCGAUUUCUCCUGCACUAUUUUGGUCAUUGGAAGGACUGGAGUUGGCAAGAGUGCAACCAUCAAUUCUAUAUUUGGUGAAGACAAAGUUCCAACCGAUGCCUUUCGGCCAGCUACAAGUAUGGUGCGAGUGACCACUGGCAUUGUGGAUGGUGUGAAACUUCGAGUGAUUGAUACUCCAGGAUUAAGACCUUCAGUUAUGGAACAGCGUACCAACAGGAAAUUUCUUUCGUCGGUGAAGAAAUUCAUGAAGAAAUUCCCACCAGAUAUUAUCUUUUAUGUCGAUCGGAUGGACACCUGUUCACGUGACACCAAUAAUCUUCCAUUGUUAGAGUCGAUCACCUCUAACCUUGGGACAUCCAUAUGGUUCAAUGUCACCGUGGCUCUCACUCAUGCAUCUUCUGCAGCACCAGAAGGUCCCAGCGGCUCUCCACUUCCUUAUGAAACAUUGGUUUCACAUAGGUCGCAAGCCAUUCAGAAUUCCACCCGGCAGGCAGCUGGAGAUAUGCGUCUCAUGAAUCAGGUGGUGCUUGUUGAGAACCACCCAUCAUGCAGACGGAAUCAACGCGGCCACCAGGUGCUGCCCAAUGGGCAGAGUUGGCAGCCGCGGUUGCUCCUGUUAUGCUACUCUUCUAAGAUAUUAACAGAAGUAAAUUCUCUACUGAGACCGCAAGAUCCUGCCAUCACAAAACUCUUGUUCGGUGGUCAUCGUUAUCGUUCAGUACCGGUUCCAUUUCUGCUGUCCUCAUUGUUGCAGUCAAGAUCCCAUCCUAGUCUUGCCUCUGCAGAUCAUGAGGAACCGUACUUUGAGAUGGAGGAAGAGUUGCCUGAAGCUGAUACUGACGAAGAAGAAUAUGAUCAGCUUCCACCAUUCAAACCUUUGGGAAAAUCUCAGAUAGCUAAGCUGAGCAAGGAACAGAGGAAGGCCUAUUUCCAGGAGUAUGACUAUCGAGUGAAACUGUUCCAGAAGAAGCAAUUGAAGGAGGAAUUGAGCCAGAGGAGAGAAGACGAGAAGCUCUCUGGUUCGUGCCCAAGAAGUAGAUCAGAUGAAUCUGAUCCCGAGAAUGGGGACCCCUCUAUUCAAGUCCCAUUUCCCGACAUGCUAUUGCCAUCUACAUUUGAUGGGGAUAAGCUACUUAUGCUAACAAAAUUAUAUAUUUGCAUAAAGGAACAAGCAUAA